AAGAUCACCUUCUGAUAUUGAAGCGAUGCGCUCUCCAUUGCUUAGCCCACUUCAAACGCUGCACAUAGACCUUUUUUAGAAGCAUAUUGUAACUCCUGGGCUGCUUGUUGCUGACUAUAUCGAAGCUGUUGAGAGACCAGACAAUAAAAGGGUAUAUCUGAUUGCGUCGGGCGGUAUUAAGGAUGACUUAAAAGAGAAAGGUCUUCACUUUUUCGGAGACGGUCCAGAUGAGCUUCCAGACUUGAGCGACGAUGAAGAAGGCUUAUUCAACAUUGACCUCUUAGCACGGCCAGAUGAAGUCUGCGCUGUUGUCGUCGGACGAGACAUGCACUUCAACUUCAAAAAAUUAAUGAAAGCGAUAAACUACUUAAAAAAUCCCAAAUGUCUCUUUCUAGCGAUAAAUGACAAUGGAGCAGUCGCUAACAAGGAUGAAAAUGUUGCUGUUCCUGAUGCAGGCAUGUAA